AUGGCAAUCCUCCUCGCCUACAACAUCACCGCCGAAUCGCCCCCCAAGCAGCCCCAGCCCCAGCCACAGCCACAGUCACAGUCACAGUCACAGUCACCGCGCACAAUGCCCUACCCGCUCACCCCCGCCCCCUCGCCCCCGCGGGCGCUCUCCCCCGCGCCAAUCCUCCUCCCACCCCCUCCACCACCCACCACCAUCAGCACAUCCCCCACCUCACCCUCACCCCUCCCGAUCCCGCGAGGCCGGCGAAUCUCGCACACGCCAAUCCCCCUCCCCCCUCCCACCCCCACCACUCCUACCACCACGACAGAAGGCUCAGACGACGACACCGACACCCUCGACCCCGAAACCCGCUUCAACACCGAGUUCAACACGCGGCGCUGCGCCGCGGCCGCAGUGCCGUUCGUCGCCAAGCCGACGACGACGGCGGCGGCGGCGGCGGCGGCGGCGGCGGCGGUGCACGCGAAGAAGAAGAAGGGGAAGAGGGUGGCGUUUAAGCGCGAGCUGGCGACGCUCAUUCCGCCGCCGUGUACGGACUUGGUGCUGUAUGGGCGGCGGCCGCGGGGGCGGUGUGAGCGCAGGAAGGGGUGGUGGGAGUGGGUUUUGGUGCUGGUGGUGGUGGUGAUGGUGGUGGUGGGGUUUGGGGGGUUGAAGGUGCAGUGGGCGCCGGCGGGGUCGUGGAGUCGGGGGGCGCUGGGGAUUGCGUCUUCGUAG